AUGAACCAGGGGAAGGCGCGCCCGCACAUCACUCACUUCCUGGCCGCCCAGGCUUUGUCGAAGUUCAUGUCCUUCAUUUUCUGGGCUUCCUCUUUCACCGAGCUCAUCAACAAAAACCAUUACAUCAAGGAGCUGGUUGCCUUUUGGGUCGUGGGCAUGCAGAUGGUACAGAUCCUGAUCAUGGUUGACUUCAUCCACAACUACCUCUACUGCAUGUGGUACAGCGCCGGUGCCCGCCGAGCUCCUCGUGGAGCUGGCCGGCGCACACGCCGCCGCCGCCGCGCCCGCGGCAGUCCUCCGAGGAAGGCUUCGGGCGGGAGUCGUCGCGCAGGCUCGCGGGUGACUUCGACGCCUACGGCGAGGUCGUGGUGGAGGAUCCCCGUGUCCCAGGUCCUCCGCGCGGACUGCAACGUCUGA